UUGGGUGGCGCGGUCUGAUGCGGUUGUUGUAUUCACUAAUGCUCUUUGCUAUUCCGUCGUUUCAUCGUUCGUUUUUGUCGGCGCCGUUCUAAUCAUUUGCCGGCCAUCAACCGUAUUCCUUGUAAUUUUGUUGAACGUAUUUAUCUUUAAUUUUCGUUUUGUUUAUCUGUCCUCCGAGUACUAACAAUCAUCGUCGACCAGGAUAAGCAUUUAUUUAUAUCAUCAUCGGAUACCUACUACCUAGUCGUGCUCAGUUAUAGUCGAUAAUUGAUUACCAUAGCUAAUUUUUCGUCGCCGACUGAGUCAAAAUAACUCAUGAUGAAGAGUAAGGAAGUUGUUGCAGGUGACUCAGAAAAUGAAUUUGAAGUAGAUGAACCGGAAGAAGUGGCAGACCAUUCUGAUGAUGAAUGGGCUCCUGCAGCUGCUGCAAAAACUCCUGGUAAACGAGGACGACCAGCCAAAAAUACACCUGGUAGAAAGAAGAAACCAAAGGUUUCUGAAGAUGAAGACGAAGAAGAAAUAUUACCUAAAAAAGAAAGGGGAUCAAAACCUAAAACAGCUGCACCAGCACCAGCACCAACAUCAGCUAGAGGUCGGGGAAGAGCAGCUAAAGGAAAAGCUAAGAAAGAAGAAGUCGAGCCUGAAGAAGAGCCGGAAGAAGAUGAAGAAUUUGAUGAGGAUGAGGAUAUAGAGGAAGAUGAAGAGGAUGAAGAUGAAGAAGAAGAAGACGAUGAAGAUGUAGAAGAAGAAGAAGAAGAACUUAAUCAAGGACCAAACGCAAAACCAGCUAAAAAGUUUACUUCUGGAGCAUUUGUCGUACUUAAGACUGAUAUGAUUGGUAAGGGUAACCCUCCUGUAUGGAAAAUUGAUGGCAAGGCAUUAUUACAAAAGUAUGUUCCUUUCAAACAGGAUGGUAAAGUAUUAUACAAAAAUACUUCUGUUUAUUCUGGUUGGGGUUCUAAUGUUAAAGAGCAGUAUUACUCUGCACCUGUAUCAUUUAUACAGCAAACACGUAAAGAACACAUUAUAGAAUUUUACAAAGACAAAAUUAAGAAAGAUCCUAAAGUCGAAGAGGCUGCCAAGAAAGAAUUAGAAGAGGAAGAAGCUGAAUUAGCAGGUGAUGAUGAUGAAAAGGUGGAACAAGAUGAAGCAUAAUUGUUAUAUUAAACCGAAAAUGAGUACGACUGUUCACAUAACAUUUGUGAUUUAAUAUUUUUUUUUGAUAUAAUUAGUAACAGCUUUUCAAUUGUAUGUUAACAAUGAUAAUUUGUAUUAUAUACUUUGUUUAUUUUGAAAUGCAAUUAGCAAUAAUAAUAAUCUGUAAAAUUAU